AAUGGGGAGCAGCGGCGGCAAGCGGGCCGCCAAUGGGGAGCGGCGCCGCGCGCGCGGGGCGGUGGGAACGGCGCCGAGUCAGUAGGUACGUCGGUUGCCGUAACAACGGGCAGCGGGGUCCAUCGGCAAUGGCCUCUAACUUUAAGAAGGCAAGCAUGGCAUCAUCUGCCCAGCGAAAAAGGAUGAGUCCUAAGCCAGAGCUUACUGAAGAGCAGAAACAGGAAAUCCGGGAAGCUUUUGAUCUCUUUGAUGCUGAUGGAACUGGGACCAUAGAUGUUAAGGAACUUAAGGUGGCAAUGAGGGCACUGGGCUUUGAACCCAAGAAAGAAGAGAUCAAGAAAAUGAUAAGUGAAAUCGAUAAGGAAGGGACAGGAAAAAUGAACUUUAGUGACUUUUUGACUGUGAUGACUCAGAAAAUGUCUGAGAAAGAUACCAAAGAAGAAAUUCUGAAAGCUUUCAAGCUCUUCGAUGAUGAUGAAACUGGGAAGAUAUCAUUCAAAAAUCUAAAGCGUGUGGCCAAGGAGUUGGGUGAGAACCUCACUGAUGAGGAGCUACAGGUUUGUAAGGCAUCAGACUGGAGCUCAAUUCCUGCUUGGAGCCCCUGUGUGACUUCUCGGAGUUUCAUUUUCUCUGAUGAAAUGAUCGAUGAGGCUGAUCGAGAUGGAGAUGGAGAAGUCAAUGAGCAAGAGUUCCUGCGCAUCAUGAAAAAGACCAGCCUUUACUAAAAUCAGUCUCUUCUUUUCAUAUUGUGUGAAACCUGGGUUUUGAGAACAUAAACUAUUUUCUCCUACUGACCUACCUGUAUAACUUUAGUAACAAUCUUGAAUCUCUUUUAGGUAUUUGAAAGUGUUCUUUGACAUUUAAGUUCUCUUUAAGGUGACCUGCUGAUUGCUUCAAUUCCCCAGAGCAAAACAAAAGCACAUUACGGUGGUGAAAAGGGUCUUAAAGCUUUCACCCACCUGCAUUUCUGCCUUGUAUCACCUCACUCUUGUCAUGCAUUUCCACACUGAUGCCACCCAGAACGACUUCUUAGACAAGCACAUGUUGUAUCCAAGCCACCAGAAGCAGGGGGCAUCUCCUUGAUGUUUCUAGUUAUAACUGACACCUGAGUGCCGCUUUCUCUUUUAUAAAACCCAGUGAAUUUACUCACGUGCAUUUGGAUGUGUGUUUGUGCUAUUUGUUUUGUCUUAAAAAUAAAGCCUUUCUUAUUUUAA